AGAGUCUGAGCGUGACCUCUAAGUUACUGCAGUUGAAAACACAGUGAAGCCGCGGCUCGAUCAGUGGGAUGUUUGUUUAGGUAUUCGUUUUACCUGUCAACACAGUACUCUCAAAUACCAGCACCGUAAGACAGGCUUAUGUGCUCCGUGCCGCUGGAUCUCCGCUCCGGGGUGCUCAGAGUGUCAACCGGCUUUGAGAUCUAUCACUGCACUGCAACAUCAAUAUGGGUGUGAUCAGUGUGCAGCUGGUGGUUACCAUGGUAAUGGCCAGCAUGAUUCAGAAGAUCAUACCCCACUAUUCCUUUGCACGAUGGCUCCUCUGCAGUGGCAGUCUGCGUUGGUACCAGCACCCCACUGAAGAUGAGCUGAGGACUUUGGCUGGAAAGCAGCAGAAAGGAGGAAAGAGCAAAAAAGACAGGAAGUACAAUGGGCACUUGGAAAACAAGCCGAUGACUAUUCCCAAAGACAUCGACCUUCAGCUGGAGACUAAGUGCAUUGCAGAAGUGGACACACUUGCUCUGCAUUAUUUUCCUGAAUUCCAGUGGUUGGUGGAUUUUACGGUGGCCGCCACAGUGGUGUAUCUCAUCACUGAACUGUACUUCUGUGUGGCAGAGCCCAGUGGAGAGAUGAACAUCAGUGUGGUGUGGAGCCUGCUGGUCUUGGCCUUUGUCAUGAAGAUCCUUUUCUCCCUCACGGCUCACUACUUCAGACUAGAGGAGGGUGGUGAGCGUUCCCUCUGCAUCACCUUUGCCUUUUUCUUCUUCGUGAAAGCAAUGGCUAUCCUUAUUGUCACAGAGAACUACCUGGAAUUUGGCCUUGAGACAGGGUUUGCUAAUUUUUCCGAAAGUGCCGUGCAGUUUCUGGAGAACCAAGGCCUUGAGUCCCAGGGUCCUAUAUCCAAGCUGACCUUUAAGCUGAUCCUGGCACUGUUCUGUGCUCUCAUCGGAGCCUUUCUCACCUUCCCUGGCCUGCGAUUGGCCCAGAUGCAUCUUGAUGCCCUCACGUUAAACGACUGCAAAGUCACACAGAUUUUGCUACAUAUCAACUUCUUGGCCCCCUUAAUUAUGGUACUGCUAUGGGUGAAGCCCAUAACAAAGGAUUGCAUAAUAAAUCCCACAUUUGGGAAAGAUGGUGUGCCUUUAAUGUCUGAGAAGACAUACGACACGCUGCGUCUGUGGGUGAUCCUGCUUCUGUGUGUGCUGAGACUAGCCAUGAUGCGGCAUCAUCUCCAGGCCUACCUCAACCUGGCCCAGAAGGGCGUCUUGCAGAUGAAGAAGGAAGCAGGGCGCAUUAGUACCGUGGACCUUCAAAAGAUGGUCGCCCGAGUCUUUUACUACUUGUGUGUAAUAGCACUCCAGUACGUUGCACCUCUGGUGAUGCUGUUACACACUACUUUGCUGCUAAAGACAUUAGGUGGAUACUCGUGGGCGAUUUACCCCGAAGAGAGUUUGCCGUGUCUAUCAAAUGAGGACUCGAGCCCCGCUGAGGUGGGGCAAGGCGAGAUGCAGGCCUCUCGAACCGUGGCCCAGCUAUCGGUCGCUCUCGGGGGAUUGAGGACUGUUUUCUCCCCCUUGCUUUUUCGAGGGCUCCUGUCCUUCUUCACAUGGUGGACCGCCGCCUGCCUGUUCUCCACCUCUCUCUUCGGCCUCUUCUACCACCAGUAUCUGAUGGCUGCAUAGCAUCAGGAAGGGCUUGUUCGACUGAACUGUGCGGCACGACAUUCCCCUUUCCCGCAACCAUAUCAGCCGGGUUCUUCUCUGAUGUGCUUCCUCCAUGGACACAUUGUUUUAGCCUAACAAAUUCAAAAAGAAAUUACAAUAGUAAUAAUGCAGUCACUGUUAUAUUCAUCGACUGGAGGAUGGCAUCUGAAAGGAGACCUCAAAAUUAUGCUGAUUUUGAAGGGGCUGCAACUCUGUGCCAUCUUUGAGCCACCAUAAGGUUGAAAGCAAGGGAUCACUCAGUCUUUGACUUUUUAUUAUUUAGUUGAACAUUAUGAUAGAUGAAUUUCAUAAGAACAGUGAUUUUUAAUGUUUUUUUUUUAUGUUUUAUUCCUCCAAAGUAGAAACUGGGUUCUGCUGUAGGGGAAGUUGUCAUUGCUGAUACAUGAAGAGGAAACAGUGAUUUAGUUGAGCUUGGAGAGUAUAGUGAGAGGAUUGAUCAAGAAGAAAAGUAUGUAUUAAAGGUGUAUUUAUUUCAAAUGGACUGAAGCCAGCCUUCUCAUGAGGAGAGUUUUGUUUGACUGUAGGAGACUGAGAGAUAAUUUAAGUGUGCAUGUGUGUGUGAGAGUGGCGGUUCGUGUGUUAACAUCAGUGCCUGCAGGCUCCCAGUGAACCCUGCUGCUGGUGGCUAAAUCUAAAAAGGGCAUUUUGAUCAUGUAUAAAAGCUAACAAAAAAAAAAAAAAAAAAUGUCUAAAGCAGUGGCCUCCGCUCUUCUGAUACCCUUCCCCGUCAUUUAACCUGUCAGAUGUUUCACUUUGAAUUUCGGGUCCAGUGACAUCAAGCACAUCCUGUAAGCGUGCUCCAUGUUUCUGUAUGGAGCCUAUUGAUUUUCUGUAAUGCAUCAAAUAACAGGAUAACAGGAUUUCUUUCAUGUGAAGGUGCCAAGUAUGCUUGUAUUCCCUCAUGAGUGUGUAGAGUAAUUCCUGCUGGAAAUCAGAAAGCACACAUGCAGAGGCAGAACAUGUGGCUUGAUCACAAAGAAACAUGGGGUUUAAUGUCUUUUUUAAUUUUGUGACAUUUUGGCACUACAGUUACUAAAACCGCACAGAGACUAAAGUGUUUUUUAAAUGCAUUUUUAGUUUUUUUUGUUUGUUAGUCUUUUUUUAGUGUUAACCUACUUUAAAGUCUUACUCUCAUCCUCCAUUUAUGAGUUUUUGGAGGGUACGCAGACAAUGAAUGUAUUAAUCCUUCCUGAUUUUUGAUUGUAGUUAUGAAUUUUAUUUGAACAAAUCUACCCUCGGGCCCCUAAUAAACUGUCAAAUAUGA